AUGCCGUCAGAGCAUGCCGCCUUUGUGUUCUUUCUGACUGUACACCUGGGGCAUCGGAUAGAACAUGACUGGGGCUCAACUUCUCAGAAACUCCUGGAAUGGUUGUUCUUGCUGACUUGGGGAAGCACUUUGAUCUCUGUUCGAUAUGCGUUUGGAGCACAUUCUCUCCAACAGCUUGUGGCAGGUGCAGUGAUUGGUUCUUUGGCAGGAAUCACUUGGUCACGCUUAGAGGUGACGGUUCAAGAUCUUCUGCUGCGAGGCCAGAGGUUCACAGAUGCAUCUCGCAGGUGCGUGCGCCUUCUGUACGGCAUGGGUACACCACACAAUGAUUGA